CCGCCAAUUAAAAAUCAGAAGAACAACAACAGGCUCUUAUAUUGAAGUCCGCACUAAUAUUCCGGAAGUCAGCACAGAUAUUCCGGAAGUGCGAGUCAGAAGGAGCUAGAAAGACACAUCUCGUCUUUGUGAUGAGCGACGGGCGGUCUUAAACCCCCGGCCGGACUAGUCAGCGACACCGCAGCGUGUUACAGCGCCGGUCGGAGCUCCGUGUUGCCCGUUAAGAGCAGUCUCCGUGUCGGGCUGGUGUCCUCUCGAGCGCCGGGGAUGGCGGCUUCGGUUUUAACCAGCAAAGCUCUUCACGCGCAGCUGUCCGUCGUCAUGGCAGCGCUGACCAAAGCGGCGGUGGCGGAGAUCUGCGCGGUGGUGGACGAAGGUUACGCGGCGCUGCACACGGAGAUCUCGCGGAGCCACCGGGAGAACGAGGACCUGAAGAAGAAGCUCCACCUGAUAGAGUCCAUAGUGGUCCGCGCGGAACCGGGGUUUGUACCGGCCGCGGAGAGCGCACAGAACGCGGUAACACCGCAGCAGCGGCGGGACAGUGAGGGCGGAGACACCGCUGCUGCCGCCGGAGGGGAAGGAGGAGAUGUGGUGUUGAUGCACGAGGAGUUUCCAGACGUGGUGUUAAUCAAAGACGAAGACUCGGACAGUAACGACAGCUUUGACGAAGAUAACCGGACGCCCGCUGACGGAGGGACGGCUGCAGCCAGAGAGCGCGUCCCGUCGGCGCCAGUCGGCCGCGGCAUGAAAAGACACUGGCCGCCGGGGUGUGAACAGGCAGACAGGAAGUCGUCCUCCGAGCCGCUCGCACCGAAGACCUGCGCGGCGGCGGCGGCGCAGAGGCAGAGCGCGACCGUCUUCGCGCUGGACGCUCCACGCGGCGAACCGGGCUGCUCCGAGACGGACGCCGGCGAUUCCUCCUACUCCGCGCAGAUGGACCCGGACGUCCAGCUGCUGCACCCGAGCGCAAACAGACAAACGUACUUUGGCAACGGCGCCCUGGUCAAGUCCCAGUCUCCCACGGGCCGAGCGGAACUGGACCUCAGCCCGACGUGGACGAAGCCGCCGAAGAGCCUUCUGACGUUCGCUCACUUUAACCCCAACGAGAACCUGGACAGCGGCGACGCCUUCGGGCUCAAGGUGAUCAGCGUGAGCGGCUCGACCGCCGCGGACUGCUGCCAGCUGUCCGAGGGCAGCAGCUCGGCGUUCGAGUACGACGACGGCGACGUGGCGGCGAACUUCCAGCCGUACGUCGGCGACCAAACCGGGCAACCGGGCGGCCGCGCCAGGCGCUACGUGUGCGCGAUCUGCGCCAAGACGUACGCCACGUCCCAGAACCUGGACGUUCACAUGCGGAUCCACACGGGCCAGCGGCCGUUCAGCUGCGCCCAGUGCGGAAAGAAGUUCACCCAGUCGGCGCACCUGAAGUCGCACCUGAGCGUGCACUCCGGCGAGCGGCCGUACGUGUGCACGUUCUGCUCCCGGAGCUUCAUCGUCAAGUACAGCCUCAAGUUACACGUGAAGAAAUGCCAUCCUGACGCCUGAAUGAACGACCGUGGGGCUUUCAUUCCCAAAAAAAAUGUUCCGUUCUAUAAAUAUUCUGUUUUUAAAUUGAAGAAAGGUUGUUUUUUAAAAGGGUAACUGCUGGUUUUUCCAACCUGGACCCUCUGUUCCUAUGUUUUUGUGUCUAUGUGACUGAUGGGAACAACAAUCUUUAGAACUGGUCCAGUAUUAAGUGUGAACACCACAGACCA